UAGCCUUCGUUUUGUGCCGAACUAAGCAGGCGUGCGCGGCUAUCUCCGACUCCGAGCCUGGAGUACUACAACCAUAGAUUUUCUAGGGUCGCCUUUCCAAUCCUUUUUUCGGCGGCUAAAAAACCCUUUUAAAACUAAAACCCUUUCCAGUAUUUCGGAUCCUUCGUCCACCUCUCUCUCUCUCUCUCUCUCUCUCUCUCUCUCUCUCUCUACUUCGCCAUUGGCGACCGCUGCUCGAGCCACGCUCUGGACUACAACCUUGCAAUCUCUCUCUCUCUUUCUCUACUUCGCCAUUGGCGACCGCCGCUCGAGCCGCGCGCUGGAUCGCGGAGCUCCUCAUGAGCGGCGGCGCUCAUGGCGGCGGCCUCAAGCGGCGCCGGAGCUGCUUCUUCCGUGACCGCCCCUUCGCCUCCAACGCCCUCGAUUUGAUCCGUCCCCCUCUCCUCGACGACGAAGAACCCACCGCUAUUUCCUCCCAGUCCGACCCUUCCGACGAGUUCGAACCAACCACGGAUCCCAACGAACCCUCGGGUGAGUGCUCAAGCACUAGUUUCUCCAUUAGGGUUUUGGACUCGCUCAAAUCAGCUCAAAUCUCUACUCCGGAGAUCGGAUCGAGACCGUCUCGACCGUACCUAUCCGAUUUCAACAAGCUGAUGAAGGCUUUUAGUCGGGGCGGCGCGAUCGAAGAGGUCCUCAGGCUUUUUAAUGAGUUGAAAGGAUCAGAAUGCUCUCCGAAUGUUCUUUGUUACAAUACAGUGAUCAACGCCUUGGUGAUUGCGGACCGGCCGCGCGAAGCACAAGCUAUGUUCGACGAAAUGCUUCUGUCGGGAGUGGCUCCUAACGUCUCGUCCUAUAAUAUAUUGGUAAAAUUGCAUUCUUGGUGUUCAAAGCAGUUUGAUUUGGCUUACGAGGUCAUUGCGAGGAUGAGGGCUUGUGGAUUUACUCCUGAUUCAACCACUUAUUCCACUCUAAUCUGCGGUCUCUGUAGGGCGGGGAGAAUUGGGGAGGCAUGGGGUGUUCUUGAUUGGAUGUUGGAGGAGAAAUGCCGGCCCACGGUUCAUACGUACACGCCGAUCGUUCUAAGUUACUGCUCAGAAGGCCAAAUUGAAGAGGCUAAAACGCUCAUGGCCGCUAUGGAGAGUGUCGGCUGCCGUCCAAAUACUGUGACCUAUAAUAUAUUGAUAAGAGCACUUUGCAAUGCUGGGAGAUUCGAUGAGGUUGAGCAAGUUUUAGUGGAAAGUGAGUUCAAGGGAUGGACGCCCAACUCGGUUACUUAUAAUACAUACAUGAGUGGUCUUUGUAAGAGGAGCAUGGGCAGGGAAGCACUUGGCCAGUUGGAAAAGAUGCUAAGUUUGGGAUUGCAUCCUACUAUAUUCACUUUGAGCAUUCUUCUUGAUUGUCUUUGUUGUUGUUCAAUGAUUUGGGAGGCCAAAUGCCUACUAGAACGGAGCUCUGCAGUGGAAUUGUAUAUUGGUGUUGUUGGCUAUAAUACAGUUAUGAGUAGACUCAUUGAGAUCGGGAGAUGGCAGGCUGUUCUUAAGCUUAUGAUAGACAUGAUAAAAAAGGGUGUCACACCGAAUACGAGAACAUUCAAUAUAGUGAUUCAUAGCCUUUGUAUAGCUGGGAAAUCUCACCUAGCAAAAUUUUUGAUUAGAAAUCGAGGCUUUGUUGCAAAUGUGGUGACAUAUAAUACGCUAAUUCAUUGGUUUUACUUGGAAGGAAAGUUUAAUGAGGUUCAGCUUCUUAUUUCUGACAUGACUAUUGAAAAGAUUGCCCCAGAUUUAGUUACUUAUACUAUAAUAAUUGAUGGUCUCUGCAGACAGGGGAAGUUUUCAGAGGCUACUGAUUGUUUCAAAAAAUCUCUUGAAAAUGGACUCUGCAUAGAUCUUUUUGUUGGUCUAAUGAAUAGACUCGUAAAGAGUAGAAGAAUCAAGGAAAUUCUCAGCCUAUUUAAACAGAUUGAAGGACAAGGAUUUUAUUCAGAUGUUAUCAUAUAUGAUUCCACGGUGCAGGCAUUUUGUAGACAUGGUUAUUGUUCUAGUGCAGAUAUCUUUAUACUGUGCCUUAUUCUGGACAAAAUGCUCGCGAAGAAGUAAGCACACUGCACAUUCUAGAAGUUGAAUAGUUAAUUCUAACUUCUUUCCAAUUGCAAAUCAUGAAUUUGUGGCAGGUAAAAGCUCAUCGCUAUUUCAACUUUCUGCAGAGAAGAAAUUUAUCUGAUUAAUAUGGAUCACAUGGUACUUUCAGUGUGUGCUAUUUCGUGAUAUGCUGAUUUUCUCCAAGGGGAUAAUAUGUUUCGGGUGCAUUUUGGAAAAUAAUUUUUGGAUAUAUUCUGCCUCUUUGUUGAGAUCCAUGAAUCAAAUGUUAACAGAAAAAGUGUCAUCUUUUUAUGCUGCAAAUUUACAUGCUUUUGAUUGGUAAUCGACUAUUUUCAGUUGCAUAUUGCAUCUCUUUUCGUAAGAAAAUAUAACUUAUGAUGUCUUAUCAUAUUUUUUAGGUAAUGGAUUGAGCGAACCACCAAGUUAGUGCAUACAUUGCUUGUAUGUUCUUGCAUCCAAUUAGCAGUGCAUGCAAUCAUGCAUCUUCGACUGCUAAUCAAAUCCUUAUUGGUUGCGCAUUUGAUAUUUAUAUUGCACAACAAGAUUAAAGCUCUUCAUGGAAAAUGAACUAGCUUACUUUGGAAAAUUGAAGCUUUCCAUGGAAGUGCACUAGAUUAGUUUGGAACAUUGGUUUCGUGAUGGUACAGAUCAGGUUGCUUUAUGAUGAAAGUGGCUUAGGAAAAGGCAUGCAAGGUCAUUGGAUGGUGGUUCGCAUCUCAUUAAAACCAGAGUCACAAUGAAGAACUUUCAGGAAGAAUCUUUUGUUAUCCUUGGAUCAGUUGAACAAUUGCUAUCUGAUUCUGCAAAGAGGUUCAUAGAGAUAAAAACUCCUCGUAAGCUGUUCUGGAAGAAAAACCUUGGAAUAGUGAAGAGCAGUGACUAAACUUGGAAGUAAUAAGUGAUUAUUUGGUUUAACUUUAUUCAUCUGGAUCAAGUUGUCCUGCCUAAACUUAAAGCUCUAGCUGAAGAGUAUUUUACUUGAUAGUUGCGGUAAUUCUAUUUGAUACUUAUAAUAUCUUUCUGUACCAGCUGGAACUACAAUUGAAGAUCACAUGCAAUUCACUGUAGCCCCGGUGCAUGCAGCAAUUGUAAUGCAAUUUGAAGAGCAAACAUGUUAAGCAAUUCAGUUGUCUUGCAUGAAUUUGUUGUAAACUUAGCUUCUGGCAAACACAAUUGUUGCCUUCUUCAGCUGGACUUCGAAGAACCUUGCAGUUGCAAUUGGGGUACCUGUGGAAUCUCUUAACAGAAUAAUAAGUUUCCGGAUGAGCAAGGUCGAUACAUUACCACGGAUGAACACGAUAUCAGGCAAUUAGUAGAUUAUCUUCCUGAGCUAUUUUAAUGCUAGAAUCUUUAACGGACAUCUCAUCGCACAUUGAGAUGAUGCUGGAGCAUGUACGUACUUCACUGAUCGUUGGAGAUGCGAGAAGGCGAGUCAUAUUCACACGUAGACAUCAGCCUACCACAUGCGCGGCACUCGAUCUCCGAUUCAGCUUCCUUUCAUAUCUCUGUUGCUUCCAUUGUCCACGUUAGAUGCCCAACCCUUUUGGACAAAUUCUCUGUAGUGACGCUCGCAGUCAUCAUAACUCUUCUCAGUAUCUACACCAUCGUAGUAGAGGGCGAUUGAGCUAUGCCAUAGGAGGCCUAGGAGAUCCCUGAGCAUAAUGAGAACAUCAUCAUCGAGGAUCUUGAUUAGAUGGAAAACAUUGAGCCACUGCGCCUACUCAUGAGUUCAAUAUUGACCAUGGCCAUGAAUGCAGACACGAAUGUUGACAUGGUCAUGACUAAGGACGUCGAAAGAGAGAGAGAACUGCAAGGAUUUAGUGGCUCAUUAAAAUUUAUAUUAUUUGAAGUCGAAUGCAUUGUAUCAUAUUGUAUUAUAGAAUAUAGAAUGUGUUUUAUAUUGUAUUGCACAUGUUGUUGGGGAAAUGCCACAUAGAAAAAUUCAGUUGUGAUUAAAA